GGCUGCAGAAACAGGACUAUGUCCACCAUGGUGUACCCAAGGGAGGAGAAACUGGACAAGCUGAGCCAAGAGGAGAUUAUUUCCAACACCAAACUGGUGAUGCAAGGGCUGGAGGCACUCAAGAAUGAACACAACUCCAUCCUGCACAGCCUGCUGGAGACCAUCAAGUGCCUGAAGAAGGAUGAAGAAGCCAACCUUGUGCAUGAAAAAUCCAACCUGCUCCGCAAAUCAGUGGAAAUGAUAGAACUGGGGCUUGGGGAAGCUCAGGUGAUGAUGGCCUUGUCGAAUCAUCUGAACGCCGUGGAGUCAGAGAAGCAGAAACUGCGUGCUCAGGUGCGGAGACUGUGCCAGGAGAAUCAGUGGCUGCGUGACGAGCUCGCCAACACCCAGCAGAAGCUGCAGCGCAGUGAGCAGACCGUGGCACAGCUGGAGGAGGAGAAGAAACACCUUGAAUUCAUGAACCAGCUGAAGAAGUAUGAUGAGGAUGUCUCUCCUUCGGAGGAGAAGGAGGGUGACUCCACCAAGGACUCUCUGGAUGAUCUGUUUCCAAAYGAGGAGGAGGAGCAUGGUCCUGGAUUGCCCCAUCAGCACAGCAGUGCAGUGGCAGCAGCCCAGCAGGGAGGCUAUGAGAUCCCCGCACGCUUGCGCACCCUUCACAACCUUGUCAUCCAGUACGCCUCUCAAGGACGCUACGAGGUGGCUGUGCCACUCUGCAAGCAAGCGCUGGAGGACCUGGAGAAGACAUCAGGCCACGACCACCCUGAUGUGGCUACUAUGCUCAACAUCCUGGCUCUGGUAUACAGGGAUCAGAAUAAAUACAAAGAGGCAGCACACCUCCUGAAUGACGCGCUUUCCAUCCGUGAGAAGACCCUGGGCAAAGAUCACCCAGCGGUGGCAGCAACCUUGAACAAUCUGGCUGUUCUCUAUGGCAAGAGAGGGAAGUACAAAGAAGCAGAGCCGUUAUGUAAGCGAGCCUUGGAGAUCCGUGAGAAGGUCCUAGGCAAAGACCAUCCUGAUGUGGCCAAGCAGCUGAACAACCUAGCCCUGUUGUGCCAGAACCAAGGCAAAUAUGAGGAGGUGGAGUACUAUUACUGCAGAGCGUUGGAGAUCUACGAGAACCGCCUGGGUCCUGAUGACCCCAAUGUGGCUAAGACUAAAAACAACCUGGCUUCCUGUUACCUGAAGCAAGGCAAAUACAAGGAUGCGGAGGUGCUAUAUAAGGAGAUCCUCACCCGUGCUCAUGUGAAGGAGUUUGGCUCUGUGGAUGACGAGCACAAGCCAAUCUGGAUGCAUGCAGAAGAGAGAGAGGAGAUGAGCAAGAGCAAGCACAGAGAUAGCGCUCCCUACGCUGAGUACGGCGGCUGGUACAAGGCCUGCAAGGUUAGCAGCCCAACGGUGAACACUACCCUGAGGAAUCUGGGUGCGCUGUACCGGCGCCAGGGCAAGCUCGAGGCAGCCGAGACCUUGGAAGAGUGCGCGAUUCGCUCUCGGCGGCAGGGCAUCGACCCAAUCAACCAGACCAAGGUGGUGGAGAUCCUUAAGGAAGGCAAUGGAACAGAGAGGCGACGGAGCCUGGGUGGCGGCGUCAAGUACGAGAAUGCCACAGACGGUAGUGAGGAAGCUUAAAUGCCUCCCGAGACUCCCUCUUUCCCCUCCACCGCAAUCACCUGGAUGUUUGUGUUAUACCUUCUGACUUUUCCUCCACACCAUCCCUCCUUCCUCGUCAAGAUCUCCGUGCCAGUCCCCAAACCUUCCCAGCGCGCGAGGCCACCGCAGCAGCGCCUGCAGAGGAGCUCAGGGCCCAGCUCCAGCCCUGUGGCCAGCAAGAGCAGGAAGAAGCGGCGUGGAGCUGGCUGCUCCCCCGGCCAGGGCGAGGGACCGCCGUCCCCUUGUGUAUCACCACCCCCUCCCCAGCCUGCCCUUGCACCUCCCCAGGGAGCUGGGCAUCAAGCCUGCAGGGACUGUCUUCGCUCCAGGCGUGCCGACUCUACCAUCAUUAGACGUCCUCAACUGUCCUAACUUGUCCCUUCCGUCUCUGCAGAAGCCAGGAUGGAGGCAUGAAGAUGGGGGACAGCUUUUGGAGACGCAGUGGCCUUGUGUUGCCCUGUACACGGGCACUUCCUUCCCUGUAGGCUUAGCUGACGUUAGUGCCUCRCAGCUAGCUGGUGCUGGCCCCCACAGUGCCAGGCUCUCUCUGGGGCAUGGGGCCGUGGGUGUCCCUGUCCUGCCAUUCUCCUGCUGAGGUCCACCACCCUGGGCAGCAUGUGGCCCUCUCUGUGAGGGCAUGGGAUGAAGGGUGCUCCCAGCAACUGUGCAGCCACAACAGGGUGGAAGGUGGCAACAGCCACAGGGUCCUGUGUGGAACAGGGACCUGCUUAGUCAAGUACACUUGCUUGUGGCUUCCAGACUUGAUGUGUUCAAUUAGUCCCUUGGCUAUUGGCAUGAAAGGGUGGAUGGGAGAAGCGAGGGUAGAGCUAUUUGCUUCUUAAAGGCAGGCAGAAGAAGAGUAAGAGGAAAGUGGAGCCUUUUUUCCCUGGGGCCAGGUAGAAGUGAAGGGGCUGGCUUAGUGGUCUGGGAAAAAAAAAAUGGUUUGGAGGGGAAAAAAAAAUGUAGGUGCUAAGAAAGAUUUGAGCAGAGAGACAGAGAGAGAUGGGGCUGUGGCUGCUCCAAGCAGAGGGGGAGAGAUGGAGUAGCUGGAGGGAUGUUCCUGCAGGAGGAGAAAGCUUCCCUGAGGGGAAGAGGCCCCAGUGCUAGUAGAGGAGAGUAGUUCCUGAACAGACUUGGGCCUGGAACCUGUGAUCCUGGUCAAGUGGGUGAGAAAACCCUAGCUGAGGGUGCAGUGCUGACCCUGGGGUUUGGUCAGGGGUAGCUCUGUGCCUCUGCUGGGACUUGAGGCAUGCACGGAAGGGGACACAGUGUUGGCCAGACUCCUGCCACCCUGACACGAGUGCUCUUGAGUGCUCAUACUUGUCCUGCCUCCUGGGAAGGAGGCUGGGUGUGCACACUGGAGGCCAGCGCAUUUACCCCCUCCCCCUCACACACACAUACACACACAUACAUGCUUCCCCCCUAUUUAUUUAGCUAGAUAACUU